ACCACCAGCAAUGCCAGCAGAUUCUGCAGACUGUCAUCAGGAAGGAGCAGACAAUCAAGAUGAAACGUUUAAGAGAAGUUUUUGCCAUAUGGCAAACGAAUGCAGUCCAGCUUGCUAAGGAAACAAGAAAUGUUUCUCGAGCUGAUAAACAUUACAAAAGUGUCAUAGCUUUGAAGGUGAUAAAGCAUUGGAGAGAGACUGCAACUAUGCAGAUUUACCAUCGGCAUCAGAACAAUGCAGCUGUGCAGAAUGCCAGAAGGCACCUGAAUAAAAUUCAGCUGCAGCAUGUGUUUGGCUACUGGCGGGAAGCCAGCCAUAUCUCAUCUUCAGAAAGGAUUAGCAUGGAGGUGGCAGCAUGGCAUCAUAAGAGGAAACUGCUUGCCAAGAGUCUGGCCUUGUGGAAGAAGUUCCAUUUCUCUAACCUAAGGAAAAUGCUCUUAAAGUACCAAGGAGAGCAUUUCUUGGUCCGGAGACUCUCUAGAUUUUACUUCUGCCAUUGGAAAUUAAAGCUGCAGGAAAAGCGGAAUGAAGCAGAACACACUGCUGUUGCACUCUGGUACUGGUCUAUUUCUCUUCAGGGAAAGGUGUUUGAUGCAUGGGCUGGAUAUGUGCUGGAGAGGCGAAGGAAGAAGGAGCGCAUUGCGAAUGCAGUGGAGGUCUACCGUAGUAAUCUACUGCAGGAGGGGGUGACUCAGAUAUUACAGCACACCACUGACAUGGCUGAUUUCCGCAGGAAGCUUGCUGCUCAGCACCAAGUAAAGACUGCAGAUCGGCUACAUAAAGUUGUUUGUCACUGUGCCAUGACCUGGAAAAACAAGGCACUGUUUAAAGAAAAGAGAGCAACUGCUUCUCAUUGCCACCCUGCUGGGAAGACGGUCACAUUCCAGGGUAUUUUGCCUGAUGACAUUCAUUUCUUGCAAAGGAAUUCUGUGACAGCAGAGGAACACACAAGGUCCGUUAAUGAAAGGCAGCAUCCAUGGAUACAACCAGUGAAAUGUGAAGGACUGCCAUUGACUGAUGGGCAUUCAGUGGAUGUCUUGCUGGAGCUUCAUACAGUUCGUCAGACAAGACUCCAGCCUCGACGACCAGACUUUCUUAUACAGUCAUUACAGAGAGAAGGCCUCUUGCAUGAUACUGACAACAGUUCUACUCAGCCUGAACUAGUGAAAGUUCUCCCAAUAGCUCCAUCACUGGAGAAGCAGAGCACCCUGGAGCAGCUGGAACCCAACAUCCCCAGGGGGAAGACCCAGGGUACCGGCAGUGACUCUUGUACUGUACCAUUCCAUCGUAAUGUAAAUCUUGGUGUUGGAGAGUCUGAAAAAAGGGAAUUGGGCCAUAUGCAGCAGUCAUUGUAUCCCAGUCUAACAGAGAAUGAGAGAAUACUUAAAUCAGCAGAACUUCCGAAUUACAGAGCAGCAUCAACAUUUCCGAAUGUGGAAGAAACACUGGUGUCAUUGACUCCUGUAGCAUGGCUAUCAAGUCCACAUGCAUCUGGUAGCCCCAGUGGAAUACCUUCUUUGCACAUACCAGGAAAUACAGUGUUUAAAGAAAAGCUAUUACCACCAUCGUCCUUCAUGUUGCCUCGGAAGGACAAAGAAAAGGAUUCUGUGAUAUUUCUGGGACAUCAGAAUUCUGAUGGACAGCACGCAGAGGCUUCUGCCACCAAAUUAAACAUUCAGAUGAGCAAGCAGCAAGGCCAAAACCAGAAAUUAAUUUCCCCAAAGGAUUUUACCAUGCAGAACAGAAAGGAUAACUUCAAACCACUCAGUGGUACAGGGUAUAAAGAGGAGGAGCUUGAAUCUGAGCAAGAAGAAAAGGAUGAUGAGCGUCGCCAUCUGGAGACUGAGCUGCUGGAGAUAAGACAAGAACUGCAGCAUUACCAUGACAACAUGCAGACCCUUAGGUCUUGGCGUAAGCAGGCAAGCAUCCUUCGUGCAUGGCUCGAGAGUAGAGUUGCUGAUGCAGAGCAAUGUGAUACUGUAGAGGAGGGACUAACCAAAGAAGAAUUACAGCAGCUGGAGAUGAAGAUAGAAAGCCUUUCAGAACAAAUGAAAGGAAAGAGGCCUCAUAUUCAGCAAUGCACGGAUCGAAUCAAGGAAAUCAGAGCUGCCCUGUCACUGUAGCAUUCCAGCAUAUCAAUGACCAAGAACACAUUUUAAGGAAGCCAAAAGAUCUUGCAUGCAGAUCAGACAGUGAUGUAUGGUUGCCUGAAUGAUUGGCUUAGUGAUUAUUUUGUUUUGAAACUGCACCUUUCAGAUGAAGAGACGCCAUAAUAUUUUCAUAUGCAAGAGAGAAAACUUCUGAUUUCUUAAAAGAGAUGAGGAAUUUUUGUACCUUAACAAGUAAUAUGAAGUCGAGUGGGUCAAAAAAGUCUGUAAUUUAUCAAUCUGAGUCAAGUUUAGUUUACAGUUGUAAGUAUUAAAAUAUAUAUUUAUAUGAA